GUUCUCAUGGUGCUGGUCACACCAACAACGUCUUGUUUGCCUUUGACUUCACCAUGCACUUUAGGACUUCAAUAAGAUGCGUGUGUGUUGUCAGAUAACCAUUUUGCUUCUCGCCUGCAACUUCUACGCUUUCGUUUAUACUCAGGACCCCUCCUGCUGCCAUCAUGCCGUGGACCUCCCCCAGUGUAAAGAUGCGUGCGAUCAGCUUGCAACUAUUAGAAGUGAAUCCCGUCUGAUGCACCUUCUCCAGCGUUUACCAAGUUACUGUCCAGAGUCUAUGAAUGAUCUUUGGAUCUGCAUUAACUCGACAUUACCAGGAGCAUCAAGGAAAUCAGAUGGAUGGGUCGGUCUCGGCUGCUGUGAGCUGGCCAUCUCGGUAGAGUGCCGCAGGGAAUGCAAGCAGGCAUCAUCAAAAAAUGAUAUCACAAAAGUAUGCAGAAAAGACACAGAGAAGCCACUCUACAGCUGUAUCACCAAAAAUGAAAUGGGCUCAGUGUGCUGCAGCUAUGCAGGGAGACACACUCACUGUCGGGAAUACUGCCAGGCAAUCUUCCGCACAGACUCCUCACCCACUGUGUCUCAGAUCAACACUGUUAAGGAGUACUGCCAAAGCAUCAGCCCUCAGCUCAUCAUCUGCGUGGCCAACUACACCAAAUCCUAUCCCACCAGGAGUCCCACCGAUAGCCUGUACUGUUGUGACCGGGCGGAGCAGGCACACUGCCAGACGGCAUGUAGAAGGAUCCUACGCACCAUGAGCACCGAGCACGAGAUCAUGGAGGGCCUGAUUGAAGAGUGCGGAAGCCAGCCUCUUCCCCAAGACCCACUGUGGCAGUGCUUUCUGGGAAGUGCUCACCCUCACCCACCCAAAAGUGACCCCGAGACCUCUCCAACAGCCAAGAUGGACUGCGCCAAGCUACACUGCUGCUCCAAAGCAAAUACCUCACAGUGCAGAGUUAUGUGCCAGGAGAUCAGCACCAACUGGGGAACUCAGACAUGGCAGGAGUUUGAUCAGGUCUGUGAGUACAGCCCUCUGGAGACAGAUCUCAUCACCUGCCUGGCAGAUGUGAGGGAACCUUGCCAGCUGGGCUGCAAAGAUCUUACCUACUGUACCAACUUUAACAACAGGCCAACCGAGCUUUUCCGGAGUUGCAACAUCCAAUCUGACCAGGGCGCCAUGAACGACAUCAAACUGUGGUCAAACGGAACCAUUAAGAUGCCUCUGAUGAACAUCCCAGUUCUGGACAUCAAAAAGUGCCGACCGGAGAUGUGGAAGGCUGUGGCCUGUGCGCUCCAAAUCAAACCCUGCUACAGCAAAUCAAGAAGCAGCGUCAUCUGCAAGUCGGACUGCGUGGACAUCCUGACUCUCUGCGGCGACUUCUCACGCUUCCCAGAAGGCCACAGCCCCGAGCAGAUCUGUGAGCUUCUCUCCCCUACGGAUGACCCAGAGCGAUGCAUUCCUCUGCAGAGAUACCUCACUCCUAGUCCUUUUGAGAACAUCAUCGAAGAGGUGAUCCAUCCCUGUAAUCCAAACCCAUGUCCCAGCAACCAUCUGUGUGAGGUGAACAGGAGGGGAUGUCAUCCAGGACAAGACUGCAAGCCUUACUUCUGUGUGCCUGGCUGCAAACUGGGUGAAGCUUCCGAGUUCCUAGUGCACAUGGAGGCUCGGAUCCAGAUUCCAGUGCGCAGCGGGCAGACCGGCUGUUACGAGGUGUGCACCUGCGGGCAAACCGGCCGUCUUGAAAACUGCGCCGAGAUGCCCUGCACCGACACCACCAAGACCUGUGCCGUAGGAGGGCAGAGAAAAAGUCAUGGAACAUCUUUCAAGGUGGACUGUAAGUCCUGCUUUUGCUACGCUGGAGAAACUAUCUGCUUCCCACCACAGUGCCCCAGUCUAGACAACUCAGGCGAGCAGCGCCGGGCAUUUACAGGACUUCCAUGUGGCUGUCCUGAUCAUUUUGUGCCAGUGUGUGCCCGUAAUGGACGCACGUACCCUAGUGCCUGCAUGGCACGCUGCAUGGGCUUCCGAGACAGUCAGUUUAUGUUUGGCUCCUGCAGGAGCAUAGGACCCUGCUCCCCUAACCCCUGCCCGAGAAACCAAAGGUGUAUCCCUAAGCGGCGUGUAUGUCUGACGAAUACAACAGACUACCCGUGUCUGCAGUACCAGUGUGUGGGCCGACCUUCCGGCUGCGAUAACAACCAGCUAGAUCCGGUCUGUGACACGGACAACACGGAGCACACCAACCUGUGUCUACUUUACCAGAGCGGCAAAACCCUGGCUUACAUGGGUCACUGUCAGGAUGCCUGCAGAGUAACAAGGGAAGUGUGUGGACACAAUGGCGUGACGUACAACACGGUGUGCGAGGCGUUUUCGGAUCGUGUGGCUGUGGAUUAUCAGGGUCGCUGCCAUGCUUUGGGUUCUUUGUCAGGUUUCCCGUCUGAUUCAGGCUGUAACGCCGUGCCCUGUCCUGCUCUCUCUGCUGCAGGGUGUAACCCCAUCACUCCACCCGGUGCAUGUUGCCCAGUGUGUGCCGGGAUGUUGCAGAUCCUCUGGAAUAAACAGCAGAUGAAUGUCUUUGCCAAGCUGAACCACAAUCAGCCGGUCACGGUGCAUGACAUCCUGAGAGUCCUGCGUCUGCACAUCUCAGUCCCUCAGUGCGAUAUCUUCGGCUACCUGAGCAUCGACUCCGAGCUCGUCAUCCUCAUCAUACCUGUGGACCAGCAGCCAACGCCCCUGCAGAUUGAAGCCUGCAGCAAAGAAGCUGAGAAGAUCGACUCUCUUAUUAACUCAGGCAGUCCUACGCUGUCGUCCCACGUGCCCCUGUCCGCCUUCCUGACCUCCGAGCUCAAACUGUCCACCGUCAGCUCUGCUGCUGCCCCCUGCACCUCUUCCCUCUGUGUGUCCAACUGUCUCUCUCUCUGUCUCCUCCUCGCAUUCCUGCUGUCCUAUCUAAACAACCUGAACUGUCACUGCUGAGCAACCAGCGCACCACGAGUGACCUUUGACCUUCCUCGCCUUGUUCCUUUAGAAGCCCCAGUCUGCAUAGCCUUGACAAUCAGAGAAACGCCAAGCUGACAAGAACAAUCACUCAAAACAUGACGGGACACUGAGCAUGACAAUGAUGGACCGUUGAGCAGUAUUCCUGUCGAGGGUAAGCUGUAUCGAGUCAUGUUAUUCUUUUUUUUUUUUUUUUUUACAAUCACAGAGCAGAGAGCCCUCAGAAAGGAUGUGGAAUUAAGAUGGAUAGAGUGAGAUCUCUGAAUACAUUUCUGGCUCUGGUGCUCGUCUCUGCUGCCUUUCACUGCCGGUUCACCGGAGCAGACACUUUUGAACAGUGUCAAUUUUACACACCUCAUUUUCUAAAUAAGAACUGAAGAAACUAAUCAGCACUAGUGGAGAGGGCUUUCUACCCCAAAAUGAAAGGAAUCGUUCUUCAUUUCUCUCUGUAUAUAAAUUAAUAGACCUAAAAGGAGAAACUAUAGCCAUCCUAAGCCGGUUUUACACUGUGCGAUUUCAGCAGCAUUUGAUUUUAUUACUUGUCACGCUGCAUGAAAUUAUCCUAGCAAAAUCUUGGCUGAAUUCUUUAACAGGCUGUACGUCCUCCAUGUCACACAGAAUGAUAAAGAUCCUCUAGAUUAGAUGAAGAAUUUAAAGGAGCAAUCGUUUGAGAUUACGAUUCAAGAAGAGUGCUGUAUUCUGUUUACCAACUAGUGCAGAAGACGAGAAACGCACUCGAGAGUAUGUUCCCAAGCUCGUGGUGAUGCAUGGUUUGUUUACGUCUCUCCAUUGCCAUUUACUUUGUUGUCUCUGGUUUCAGUGCCGAUUCAGCCGACCAAUCGGCUCACAAUAUGAUCGAUCAAUCAAAAGUUUGGGUUACACUUGCUUUUAAAUGUGCGUUCACAUACACAAGCACAUAUCCAGCACCAAUUAGGAGACUCAUCCUGUCCCGUCCAUGUUUUUUGCAUCCACAAGGUAUAAAAAAAAAGUUGCCCCAAUCUGCACCAGAACUGUUGGUCUGAGACGAGUUGCAAAAAAAAGCAACCCAACCCAGCGAACCAAUGAUCCAGCCUGUAUAGCUAUGCAUGAUGAGAACUGCAUUCUGUAGCAUGUUUGGUUAGCUAAAGGCACGUAACAUGAAUCACAGAUUAACAUGUCCGAUAGAUUGUUAGUGAAGAAUUCUGCAAAACAAAGCACAAAAUCAAUGACGCCUCUUAAUUUUAAAACGCUGUUAAUGGCUCUUCAUCCGAAACAAGAGAAUUGAAACAGUACUGAAGAAAUCAUCGGUCAAAGCUAUAAAUGAUAGCGACUAGAGCUAAAAAAGAAAGCUUACAGAGCUGCUGACUAUAAAUCUUAAUAGACGGACGUUAAGGGUAGAAUAUAAACACACUCACUCUGACCAAUCAGAGGACAGAUUACUCACAUGUGACUUUCAUAAACAUGUUUUGGUCCGCUUUGAAUUCUUGCUGUGUGAAAGCGAACCAAGCCAAAGAGAAGCCCGAUAGAGAAUAAAGCACAGGGGAACUCUAGGUCUGAAAACUAAAGUAGCAUGUAGUGGAUGUAGCUUUUAAUCCUCCGGAUGUACAUAAAGUACACAGAUUAGUACAUGACCAAUGCUGCUGACGUCUUUGCUGCUUUUUUACACGUCAGGCGUAAGACACAAUCUCAACUCAUGCAUCGUGCUGCAGCAAAAUCAGCCUGAAAAUCGUCCAGCGUAAACUCGGCUUUAAAGAAUAUGACAAUCAUAUCCACAAUUGGGUAAUCACAACAGUAUGCCUUGUUUAUAUAGAUUCUAUAUGUAAAGAUUUAUUAUAUGAAGUACUGCAAAAAAUAAUUAUGUCAUUAAAAAUAUUAUUUUAAUGUUCGUUUUUACGUUUUCUGACCCAGAGGUCGGAGCCACAAUGUGCCAUUUUUUUUAAGUCUAAAAUAUUCUUGCAUGAUGACAAUUAUGAAGUGUUUUUACAGAAAGCUUUGUAUCGUUCUGUCCUGUCUGUGUCUGAUUACAUGUCAUCUCUGCCUAUUGUCAAAUGAAGGAUUGUCCUUUUUUAACAGUAUUAUCGUGCUUUGGGCAUCUUUGUAGCAUUUCCACUCAGUGGAGCUUUGUGCUCUUUUAUGUUUGUGUGUUUGCAAUUCAACUGAUGUAUUUUUAUAAGAUAAUAAUAAAAACUGUUCAUAUUGCCAAAUGUAAAUCCUA